AUGCAGGUGGAGGCAGCCAUGGAGAUGCAGAAGAUCUGCCCAGAGCAAAUCACAUACUUAGAUGGAUUUGAUCAGGAGGAUAAUGAAGCUCCAGACACAGAGGAUGAGGAGGAGGAGGAUGGAGAUGAGGAAGACGAAGAUGAAGCUGGCUCAGGAUAUGAAUGUGAGGAAGGUUGUGAGGAAGAUGACGAUGAAGAGAAUGAUGACGAUGACAAUGAUGAUGACGAAGGCUGGGAAUUGGGAGAGGGAGAAGAGAAAGCGGACCUCUCCUAUUUGAUGAAAGAAGAAAUUCAGGAUGAAGAAGAUGAUGACGAUGACUAUGUUGAAGAAGGGGAAGAAGAAGUUAUUGUAAUAGUCAUUUUUAGCCCAUAA